UGAAACUGGGUGGCUAUCAGUCAUUGUCAGUUUGUCAGAAAGUUGUAAGUAAGUAGUGUUUGUCUCAUUUGACGAGAAGCGUGCGAGUAAUCGCAAAAUAUCCUAACAUAUAGCGGUCAUCGACGUACGCUGAGUUCUGUAGAACGUGUUUAUAACUUUUCGGAAGAUCAUGGAGAACACAUACGGCAUCAGUGUAGACAAUCGGUAUGAAUUAUUCUACAUUGACGAUGAGGCGACCGAUCCGUUGGAGGCGUUGGUGGUUAAGAAGAAGACACCCAAGGAGAAAGUGAAAGAGCGCAAAGGAACGGCUGAGAAGGAAAAUAAAAGCGCCACCAUCAAUAAGCAAGAACGACGCGCAAAAGUGGCGCCACCGAUACCAACGCACCCCAAGGAAGCGCACGUGGUACGCAUAAACAAAUGCCCAUCACCGGAUGUAGUGGAAAAGAAGAAUCGUAGGAAUCGUGAGGUGGAACGUCUAGAAGAAAAGCCGCGUCGGCGUCGCUUUGAGACACGCCAGAAACGCGAGUUUGAUCGUCAGAGCGGCAGCGAUAAAACCGGCGUAAAAUCCGUGGAUAAGCGCGAAGGCGCAGGCGCGCAUAAUUGGGGUUCACACAAGGAAGUAAUCGACGAGAUCGUACCUAAGCCGGCUCUUCCAGAUUGGAGCGAAAACGAGACGCGACCUCAGGAAAGUCAGGAGGUUGACGAUUCAGCCAACCAGACAUCUGGACAAGAAGAGGAAACCAAAGAGCUGACAUUAGAUGAGUAUAAAGCAUUACGUGCUGGCAAAUCAAAGCCACCGCAAUACAAUUUGCGGAAAGCAGGUGAAGGCGAAGACAUCAGUCAGUGGCAAGAAAUGGUGGCACUGGAAGCAAAGCGGCGAGUCGGCGAUGACGACGCUGAAGGUGAUGCAGCAAGCUAUCAACAGAGAGCAACGCGACAGAAGCACAUUCUCGACAUUGAAUUCCACUUCAAUGACAGUCGCCGCGCUGGACAAUUGGGUCGUGGCAUGCGUGGACGCACUCGUCCAUCCACCAACCGUCAAAUAACACGCAAUCGCCGCAGUGAUGGGGAAGAACGCGAGCGUUUGCAGCGGUCUGAUCAACCUCGCCUAAGGGACGAAGGUUUGCAUGCGGCUCCGAAGGUGGACGAUGAAAAGGACUUUCCGUCCCUGGGAUUAUUGAAUACAUCUUUAGUGCGUCACUCUCCCAAAGUAGUGCCCAUGUUCGGCAAGGACGACACAAAGUGAAGAUACGAACUCAUUAAAUACGGUUUGCGUUAAGUGAGGGGUCUUACUGCCGAUGUAAGGCAACUGUGCAGAAAAUCACAUAGAAAAUAAAAGUAGAAUGUAAGAGUUUAAUGCAUGGUUGAAACGAAAAAUAUAAAAUAAAGCGUGUAACAAAA